AUUGAAAUAGUUACAGAUGAUAAAGCUGGUGAAGACAAGUUAAGUGAAUUAAAUAAAAAGAAAAAAUUGAAAAUGUUAAUAUGCUAGGAAUAGACAGAAUUGAUAAAAAUGAAAUUGAUGCAAUACUUGGAGAAGAAAAGUGUGAAAAUAAUCAAAGUACUGAAAUGUUAAAAUAUCAAAUGGAGGAAGAAGAGAAUAAUGAAGCAUGUGUUGAAGAAAAUUCUGACAGAGAUGAAGAUAUUGAAAUCCUUGGAGAAGAUAAAAAUGAGAUAGAUAGGACUAAUGAAUCACCUGUAGAAGAAAAGGAUGAAAAAGGUAAAAUUAGUGAAAUGUUUGCAGAAGGUAAAACUGGAAUUUUUGAAACACAAAAAGAAGAAAAAGAUGAAAGCAUUCAACUGUUGGAAGAAAGUAAAGGUGGUGAUAUUAUUGAAUCAUCUAAAGAAGAAAAUACUGAACUCCUCAGGAAAUGUCAAACUGGGGAAAGCAGCUUUUAUGAAUCAUCUGGAGAAGAAAAGGUUGAGAUAGAUGGAGAUAUUAAAACACUUGAAUUGGACAAGUCUGAAGAGAAUGUAAGUAUUACAAUGUUUGAUGAAAAAAAGUCUCAAAACAAUAUAAUCAUUGACAUUAUUAGAGAAAAUAAAGAUGAGAAUACUGAAAAUUGUGAUUAUAAGAGCGAAAAAGAUGAAAGUGGAACUCAAAAUAAUGAAAGUUGUAAAUUAUUUGGAGAAAAUAAAACUAAGGAGAAGGAAAAUGAAGAAUGUCGUAAAGAUUGUGAAAGUAUUGAACAUGAAAUUAAUGAAUUACAUAGAGAAGAACAUUCUGGAGAAUUUGAAAGCAAAGUUCUUGUUAAAAAAGAGACUGAGAUAAAUAAGAACAAUGUUUUACAUGAGGAAGAAACAGCUGAGGACAAAGGAGACUAUAAAAUUCUUAAAGAAGAUCAUAGUGGAAAUAAUAUGGAGACAGCUGUUGACAGUCUAGGAGUUGAUUUAUUUGAAGACAUGCAGUCAUCACUUGUGGUCAUAGAUGCUAAUGAAAAUGUACAAGAAUUACAAAUGGUUGAGGAAGAUGAGGGAGCAAAAUUACAAGAAGAGAUUAUGCUUGCAAUAACAAAUAAUGAACAUACCCAUAUUUCAGUAGGUAAUAAUGAAGUUACUUACAGCAGAAAUAAAAGAGAUGAAGUAGAGAUAGUUAGUGAAGAAGAAACAAAACCUAUAAAACAAUUUAAUCAUAAGGACAAAAUAGAUUUCAGUAGAAUUGAUGUCCAAAAUUCUGAAGAUAAUGUAGAACAGACUCUCAAAGAUGAGGAUUAUUCUUUUAGAAGCAUUGAAGAAACUUUUUCAGUCAAAGCAAGUGUUAGUGAUUUAAGUAUUUCUAAUAGUUGUGUUGAAGGUAUUGUAGUCCUAGAUCAAAAUAAUGAUGAAUCUGAUUCCAUGAAAACAUUGGAAAAUAAAGAAGAUGAAGAACUUUCUUAUAAAACAGAGUACCCUGAGAGAUGUGAUGCCAAAGACAUAUCUGUCACUCAAAAUUGUACCUUAAAAGAGCAGGAUAAUGCUAAAAGUACAGAAUCUACAACACAAGGUGGGCCAGAUGAAUAUGAAGAACCUCACAUGACAGAAGGCUGUGUACAAGAAGACGAUAUCAUUGAUGAAAGUGAUACACUGCUUGACAUUGAAAAUUCCACUGAAAAUGAAGGUAUGGAUUUCAAGGAAGAUGAGACAUUAAAAGUAGUAGAUUCUGAGGAAUUACCACUUAUUGAGAAAGUUCACAUAGGUCAUAUUAAGUCAUAUGAAGGACUUCCAGUAGAUGCUGUUAAAGAAGAACCCUGUAUUAGAACAGUGAUAGAUCAAGAUUGUCCUGCAAAUGAAAUCACAGAAUUACAGCAAAGUUCUGGUGAUUGUGAUACUUCUUCCCAUUUAGAAGACUCCUCUAAACUUUAUAAACUUCCAAUAGAAUCUGUUACAGAAGAACCGUGCUUUAAAACAGUGAUAAUUCAAGAUUGUCCUGCGGAUAAAAUUAGAGAAUCAGAGAGAUAUUCUAAAAGUGGUGAUCACCCUUUUGUUUUUGAUGACUUAAAAAGUCUGGAAAGGAGAUCAAAAGGGGAUGUUAGUUUACCAGUCAUCAGUACAGCAGCUACUAAUGAUUGUUCAGGAACCAGAGGUUUAAAUUUCUCCUUGAUUUCAGUAAAAGACCAGACUGUAGGAAACUUUAACCAAAAGAAUGGUUCUAAAUCCACCAUUAUACCAGCAGAAACUGAGCAUGCAAUAGAACUUGAUGAAGAGUUAAUUAAAAAACAUUAUGAAGAUAUGAAUAGUGAAGGCUUGUUAGAUCUAAGAGACAUGAUGAAAGAUUCAAGAAUUGGAAAGAAACAAGCACCUGUAGAGGAAGAUGAUAUAAUUAAAGUAGAUGCCUACAUGCUAGAAAUCAAUGCAUUGCAAGAGCCAUUUGAAGAUCAGUCUGUUCACCUUCAACAGGAUUCAGAAUUUCAAGUUGAAGAUCAUCCCAUUCAUCAACAAGAUUCAGAGGUUCAAGUUGGAGAUCCUCCUGUUCAUCGACAAGAUUCAGAAGUUCAAGUUGAAAAUGAAAUCCAGAACUCAUUGCAGGAAAGAGUUCAGGAACUCGAGACAAUUGUAAAUGAAAUGCAGGAAGUUGAGCAACAACACAUGACAGUGGCUUGUAAGAUGGCUGAACAGCUGGAUCAACUAAAACAAAGAGAAGCAAAGCUUCAAAAGGAACUAGAAGCUACAGAGCAAGCCAAGAAAGUAGAAAGCUCCCCAAGAAAGCAGACCAAUAGCCAAAAGUGUUAUCUGGAUGAAUUAGCAGCAUGGAAAGAAAAUGUAGAGCUGCAAAACAGUGUGCUGCAAAAAUUACGUGUUGAACUAGAUUUAGGUCAGCAACAACUUGAUACUAAGGAGAAAGAAGUGGGAGCUCUUCAAAAUGAAAUUAAAGGUGAACUUCACCACAGACUGAAUCAAAUGAAAGGAGGAAUAUACCUUGACAAUGAUAUGACUCAUUCUACAAAAAAUAGUAAUAUUGUUAAAGAAGAACAGUUGUUAAAAACUAUUGAAAAACUUAGAGCAGAAAGGUCAGUGUAUCGGCACCAACUUGAGGUCCAACAGAAAGUGGCUAGAGAUGUAAGGAGUCAGCUGGACUCCACAGCUUCUAGACUGGUCAGUCUAAAGACUGAAGCAGCUUCCAGGUACCACAAAAUUGUUGACCACCAGAGGGAUAUGAUUCAGAAAAAGGAACGCCAAAUAAAACGCCUGAAAACUGAAUUGCACCAUGUGACUUGUGAUUUACAUGAAAAAGUAGUUCUAUUAGACAAGCAAAAAAGGGAUAUAAGGGAGAUGAAUAACCAGCUUGAUAAUAGUGAGAAAGAGCUGAAAGAUAAAACCAAGCUGUUGGAAGAACUUCAAUUUCAGGUUUCUGGUGGCAUAAACUCCCAAACAUCUGAAGAUGAUUGCCAAACUGAGGAACAGAAGCUUUCAAGCAUCGGAACAAGAUGUCUUAGUGAAAAACAUCUUCAGACUAUUUCAAGCCAAGCUGAAGAACUAGAAGAAGUUCGAAGCCAGAUGAAGCAUCUAACUGGAAUAACUUCAUCUCAGGAUGGUAUUUGUGAAGCUGAGGAAGAAGUUGCGAGGUUACAAAAAGAGGUUGUAUCCUUAAAAGCUCAGUUAGCUGAAUUUGGAAUUGAAAAUGGUGGAGGCAUUAAAGAGGCUACAAUUCAAGAAAUUAUGAAGUUAAGUGAGCAUAAUCACACAUACUUGAUGCGUAAUAUAGUGAACUUCCUGGAACUGAAUCUGCCUGAUAUACACAAGUCUUUGAAAGAUGUUUCACUAUUAGAGUGGCAAGAAGUCCUCCAGUCAAGACAGAAGGACCUUGAACACCUUGGAAAUGAAUUGACAAACCUAAAAGAACAGAUCUUGAUUGUAUACAAGCAUAAAAUUGAUAAUCUUGAUGAAGCAUUAGAUAUGGCCAAGAAAGAAAUUAAAAGGUUAAUGGUUGAAAAUGAAGAAAAAAAUGAACACAUUCAGUGCUUAAGAGACAUGCUUCAGAGAACUCAAGAAAGCCUAGAACGAGAACAUCUCCUACACUCAGGAAGAGGCCAGAAAGCAAGCAAAGGAGGCAGAGAUCAACGAGUACCACUAGAACUCAAGAAUGGUCAAAUACUUGCUCUAGAAGAGGAACUAAAUAAACAAGAGAAAGAAAUGCAGAGGACAGAAAGGAAAUUGAGGAAUAUGGAAAGUAAAAUGGCAACUACUUCAAAGAAGAUGACAUUGUCAUAGUUCAGUACGAUGUAAGUGCAGAGGAUGAAAUCCAAUUAACAUGAUCCUUGACGUGUGAUUUAAAUUCUUUUCUCACGUGAUGAAUUCUAUACAUUUCGUUGAGAGUAAGAAAAUGGACAAUUUUAAAAUCGUUUAUCUGAUGAGAGAUUGUUUAUGAUCAUUAGAAUGAUUCAAUUAAUUUUAGGUAAGAAGUCGUGAUAGCUGUUUUAUUUAAAUGUUAUAUAUAAUAAGCUACUUACUGUAAAUAGUUUGAAUAAUGUUAAAAUUGGUGAAAAAUUUAAAGUACAGCUCAAGGCUCGACUUUCAUUCAAAAUACUAAUAAAAAGGAAUUUUUUAAAGUUGAAUUUAUUUUUACAUAAAUUUGGUAAACUGUAAAAAUAUAUUAGAGAGUAUAUAUAGUUAAAAAAGUUAUUCUUCAAUAAAUAUAAAUUUGUUGCUGUCAAAUUUUGAAGUAGCGGCCUAAACCAUGCUACUGUUGAAUUAUAAGUUGGUCAUUGCUUUUUGUUUCUCUGAGUAGCACUGAGUUAACCUAAUUUUAAUCACUCAUAUUGCUAGGGGGCUUUCAUUAUAUUCUGAGAACCUUAUUUCUAAAACCCAUUUUUUGUUUAGUUAAAAUCUAAACUUGAAAACAAAUUACCAAGAAUUGUGACAUCACAUAGCAAGAAAAGAUAUGAAUAUAUUUAUUAACACCCAAGAAUUGUGAUGUCAUGUAGUAAGAGAAGAUGUAAAUAUAUUUAUUAACACAUGAGAAUUGUGAUGUCACAUAGUAAAAGAUAUAAAUGUAUUUAUUAACACAAGUAUAUGAAGUUUAUUAUAAAUGUAAUAUAAACACUCAAAAGAUAGAACAUGUGGCUAUUUCAGUAAUAAUGGCUAUCUGAGUUUUCUGAACACUGUAUAUCAUUUGUAUCAAAAAUAUUUUAAUACUUUAGUAGCAUUUUUAUGUACUUUUAGAGAAAUGUACAGCUUAUCAUACUUUAAAUAAAAAAAAUAGUCUUUCAAAGCUUUCAUUCAUUCCAAGUCAUGUUAAGUACUGUAAAGAAAUUGAAAAUUGGGAAUGCUGUUUAAUUGGCUUAUUUCCUUCGUGAAAACUUGUAUAUUGACAUUUGAGUUGAUCAUUACAAAUUUUGAUAGAAGACAGUAUUAUUUUUUACCUAUGCUGUACCUAUUCGAAAAUAUGAAAAGAAUAAUUAGAAAAAAAAGAUAUUUAACCUGUUAAAAAAUACCCAUUAUUCCAUUGGCUAAUUACUGGAGAAAAAGAUGACUUUUAAAUUUUUUUGCCUCUUGUGAAAAGCUCAACAUUUUUGACUUGUGCAACUCUUCAUUUUGGACUUUUACAAUUUAAGUUAUUUUAUAACCUUUCUAAUGUAAUUUUUUGUGUAUUUUAUAUUUUUUACAUGUUCAUAUACAAAUUCAUAAGAUCAUGAACAAAGUUACCCUAUAAAUUAUUACAUGUGUAAAAACAUCAGUAUUUUUUCAUGUAACCAAAUAAUGAUGUGUUAGUUUUUAAUAUGUAUGAUUUUUUUUUCAAGUAUCCACUGUUCAUAUAAGUUAAGGAUGAACUUGUUUUAACCAACAUAUAUUUAUAGUUUUGCUGAAUGAAACCUAGUGAAAUUUAACCAAACUUAGUGGUGAAUUACAACAAGAAGGUAUCAAGCAGUAGUUACUGCUACUUUACAUCAGGGUUAGAUUCAAGGAAUAUUUUACUUCAUUUAAAAAGAGUUGCUUUUACUUCAUUUUUUUUUUGUCUUCAGUAGAUGAGAACAGUU